CUCUCUGCUUCCUUUCCCACCCCUCCGGUGCGCCUCUUCCACUGGGCACUUACUCACUCGCUCUUCGCCAUCCUCUCUGCCGGCCGCCGCUUCGACUCUGAGGUGUAUCAAACAGCAGCCGCAGCCGCCAGCAACAGCAACAGCACCAGCAACCCAACAGCAGCACCUCACCUCCUCACCUUACCUACCUCACCUCACCAUUUCUCAACACCAGCCGACGCCGAUGCCGACGCCGCCCUCGCCGCUGCCCAGAACGCGACGCCCUUUUCCCCUUCCCACAAAGUACCUCCCCUGUGCCUGUGCCUGUACCAGGAUCCACCCCACCACAAUCCAGAUCUCCGAAGCUUCUCUGCAAGCCCUGCCGCUACCGACCACGCCCACUCCCACGCAACCCUCAACUCGCUGAGACGAACUAGGAAGCUCUGCGCUGCAGCUGCUCGCCGUUUCGUUCAAAAUGUCAAUAAAUAUCUGCAAGAGCAGCAUGCCCUUACCAUUGCCCGCACCGUCCAGAGAGAACGACAGCUUGCCCAGGCCCGCCUAGAUUCUGACCAUGGUGAUAGUUGGGUCAUGAUCACCCAGACGGGUGACAUCAACCCUCUUCCUCACGAACACAUCAGACACAGAUCCAAUGCCAAAGUAAGCCUCGAGCUGUCGGUACCCAAGGCCUUACAGCAAGGAAGGACGCCCUUUGCGCGCAAGAGCGACAAUGGCACGGCAUACAUCACAACACAACGGGUCAUUUACAUUCCUGCAAAACCCACCGCCGAGUUCAAGUCGUUCCAUGCGCCAAUCUUGAACUGCGCCGAUUCCUACGUUGGCUCGCCGUUCUUUGGCGCCUGGUUCUGGUCCGCCACCGUCGUGCCCGUCUCUGGAGGCGGCGUGCCUGCCGACAUACCACGGGUCGAGGUGAAGAUGAGCUUCAAGGAGGGCGGUCACAGCGAGUUCCGGCAAAGGUUCGAGGAGCUCAAGGAACGACUUGAGCAUGUGAGGCGUCUGCAGCAGGAAACGGGACAGACAGUCAACAUUCCGGACGAGCCGCUGCCGGCCUACGAAGCAACCGAGGGCGGCGGAGCAGCUCCGAGCAGCCUGGCGCCGCAACAGCAGCAACAGCAGCAGCAGGAAGAAGCAGCCGGUCGGCCGGCGAGUUCGGGGGGUCAGAAUGCGAACCGGCGUCCGGACGAACCCCCACCGGAUUAUGAUGAGGCGCAAGCACAGACGCUCAGCAUGCGACUCGAGGACCAUGUUCGCGAAGAGUCUGACAGAGCAUAG